AUGAAGCCCUUCACUCUGUCGUUGACAAAUGGCGCUCAGCUUUCAGGUAUACUCGCGGUGCCGACGCGUGCGUCAAAAACUGCCGACUAUCAACCCUUGGUAGUCGCGAUACACGGCGGGACGUAUUUUUCAAAGUACUUUGACGCUGGUACAGCCACGUCCGCCACAAGGCUGGCAGAAUCACUCGGGGUGCCUUUCGUAGCCAUUGACCGUCCAGGGUACAAAGAGAGCACAGGACUUCCCCCAGUGCCUGAUGGAUCAACAUUCCUCCAGGAAGAAGGCAAAUACCUUCACCAUCAUGUCCUUCCCAAGGUAUGGCAAGAAUUCGGGCUUAGCUCUGGAGCAACCGCCGUUGUCAUCCUGGCGCACUCUUUGGGAUCCCCAGGCUCUAUCGUGGCCUCUGCCCUCCACGCAAAUGACCCUCAAUCUCAAUACCCACUCGGUGGGCUGAUCAUGUCCGGCUGGGGCACGGAACAUGGUCGUCCUCGUGAAAGUGCCAGGCACAUUAUUGAGAACGGAGUCGUCGACGGACGGAUUUUUUGGCCCUUGGAGGUGAAAGAUGGCCCCAUGUUUGGCGACCCCAAGCUGGGAAGGGCGCCUCCCGAGAUCCUAGAGAUGGGGUCCGAUUUGAACACUUCCAUGUCCCUCGGAGAGUUUGAGGACGGCACGUUCCAUUGGGCGGACUACUGGGCGGAUUAUGCAAAGGAGGUGAAGGUGCCGAUUAUGUAUGGGAUGGGCGAGCACGAUGCCUUAUGGAAGGCCUCGAGGGUGACGGUGCAGGACUUUGCACGGCACUUUACAGGAAGUCCGAGGGUCGAGAGCGGAAUCGUGCUGGGUGCGCCGCAUUGUAUCGAGCUGAGCUACUGGGGCCGCGGCUGGAUGACGAGGUGCUUGGGGUUUGCACAGGAAUGUGCAGCUGCCGAGGGAGUGAGUCGCCGACAAGCAGGAGUGAAAGUGUAG